AUGAAGCGCACCUCAAACCCCUCCAAGCGCAGGAACGGUGCUAAGGAUCCCCAUGAGUCUGCCAAAGCAAAGACCCAGCAUCUCCCACAACUAGUACUUUGGCCUUCAAUAGAGGAAUCCCCGACGGCCCCCGAUCACACGAUGAACUCAUCCCAACAUCUGAUCCCACCAUCCGGGCACAACCACCUACCAUCUCCACUGACAAUGUCAACUCCCCUCACAGAGGGCAUGAAGAUCCACUUGCACGCCAAAAUUGAAGAAGACCGACGCAAGCAGGAGGAAGAAAGAACACGCCAGGCUAGUUUGGUACUGGAACAUCGGCGCAUUGAGCAGUCAAUACUGUCGGAUGCCCUGCGCGCUGGUGUCCCACCGAACCUAGUCCCCCUGAUCUUCAACGGCAUCUAUACCACCGGUGCUAAUCUUCAACUGGCGGCCGAACUGCAGAAUCAGUGGUCUGCAUCAACUUCCCAAUCUGCUGCACCUCCUGUGAUGUUCCAACAGCAAAAUAAUUCGACCCCGGCGUCGCCUACGAAGCUCCCAGUUGCACCUCACCCGCCUCAGCAGAGUCCUAAACAGCCACCCCGAGCACAUGCUACUGAGUUGCCACCGAUAGCCACAAAGCAUCUGCCAGAAAUGCGCCAACGUGAGUGGUCGGAAGCCACAUCCAGUUUACAUCGAGACCGAGUGAUAAGGUCUGAGCGAGAGCAACUGAGGCACAAGCUGAAAUCCCAGAAGGUAGAGUUCGCCGACAAGGACCUGUUGGAUACAGCCUUUGAACACACAUUUCCCGUUACGAGCUCUAUGAUCGAGGCCCUAUCCCCUCGAAAUUUGGCUGGUCCUCCAAAUAAGGCUUCUGGGACGCGGGCAAAACGACAGCAAUCACCUCAGAAAUUUCAUACCAGGCCAUCACCAGAAUCGGGGCAUCCGCAGUCCCAAUUAAAACCCCAACUGGAACCACAAAUGCCUGGUAGUGUCUCAAAUGCCCCAUCUCACGUUCACCCACAGCAAACGAACUCCUCUAGCCCGAAGAGAAAGAGCCAAAGCUCACACGAGAGAGUCCCUCCACCUAAAUAUCGUCGACACGAGACAGUGUGCGGUCAACAAAACCCAUUCGAUGAGCCACAGCUUGCUCAGAGGCAACAGCAGCGCGAUUUAUCCAGCUCCCACGAAUCCCGUACCUGUGAUGGUGGUUCUUCCGGGCAACCAUCGGAGUCAACCCCGGCUGCAGUAGGAAAAUCGAGUGCAACUGCAGCUGAAGACCUUCAGAAACAACAAUCUCACUCUGAGAGCACAUCCGAUGUCGAUGCAUCAGAUCCCGUCCAAGACACGCUUCCAGACAUCAAGUUGGAGUGA